AUGUUCCCUAGAUUUGUUACUUUUAUUUCAGCUCUCACAGGGUCCCCAACCUUGGAAGAAGAAGCAGUCAGUAGCUUAAACACUCCCUACGACGCAUUUGCACUUGCUGUCCAUGUUUGGGCUACUACAAAAGGCCUGGCCUUAACCGCCGUCAACGAUGAAGACUGCCCCAAUGAUGACCGUGGGUUGCUCUCGGUCCCACUUAACCAAACCCGUUGGACUAAAACUGCCCCACACUACUACGGACUCAAGUAUUCUACCCAAAGCCCCUCCCAGCAUAGGAAAGCAACCCUUGACCUUACGAUUACGAAGCUAGGCCAGCGAGAUGUCCAGGUGUCUGUAUCCGGCAAUGUUGUCGCCCAUACCCCGGAAAACGAUGAUACCAGUAAAAGCAAUAGUAAUGAUAUUGAGAACUGCUGCAACGGAAGCUUUGGUUUUGGCGGUGGCGGCGGGUUUGGAGGCUCUUUUGAAAAAAAGAAACAUGGUUACAAACUAGAAUUUGGUGGCGGUGGUGGUGCAGGAUUCGAUCGCAAUAAUGGCAACAAUCCAAGCAAUCCUGUGGAUCCAAUCGACCCACCAAAAGACCCUGAUAACCCUUACUACCCAUACCCUGGCAAUCCACCUUCAACAACUCCUCAACCUUUUCCUGGAGACAAAAAUGGGGUUAGCUUUGGUGGAGGCUUUGGAGCCGGGUUUGAUAAGCACCCAGAUGGAAGUUUUGGUGGAGGAGCUGGUGGUGGAUAUGGUGGGACUAUUGGGUGCCACGAGAAUGACAGUCAAGAUUCCAAGAUUUCUGGUGGUAAUCCACAAAUCUAUUAUCCCAGUAACCAGUAUUUCACUGGAAAUACCUUCAACAAUAACCAAGUGUAUAAAAAUACCUAUAAUACUAACCACCAUCAUUACCAUCAUCAUCAUCAUCAUCACCAUUAUCGCCAAAUGGCUAAACCAACACAACUGACAAGCCAACAUGCAGCCGCAAGCAGCCAUAAUAAGAAUACAAAACGGGACUGUCACCCACCACAACUUAUUUCUUCUUCUUCUUUAGACUUAACCUUAAGCAACACCACUAAUGGCUGUAUUAUAGAUUCCAGUGGAAAUGCCGAGGCUGCCAAAGAAACAGACAAACAUUUUUCUGUUGCAACCCAGUUUUCGCUUGGUGCCGCCGUUCACACGGGGUUUUUUGCCGAACAGCCACGCGAGUCAGAGGACAUUUGCGAUGUUUACGUCUCCCUUGAAGCCAUUUCUCGUCUUUGGGCUCAGCUCGAUGCACUUAUUUUGGCAAAGCUCCAGCCGCUCCUGCUUGAAGGGACUAAUCAAAUACAAUCAUCUUCCGUGAAUCAAAAUCAUGAUACCAAAGAGUCUGUUUCGGAGAAAAGUUCAACCGCACCAUCCAUCAUAAGUCCUCAACCAAUUGUAGCAUCCCAAAGCUCCGCAGCAGCAGAAUCCUCACCAAGCCCAGCAGCGCAGGGCCCUGGUACUCCAUUUAGUCCAUACGGCACACCUCCUCCCUUUGCUGCACGUGCCCUUCGCAAGUCUCUCAAGGGCGGUGCCUUUGACGGUGAGGGGAGUGGCCAGACUAACAGUGGGUUAGACAACCUUACACCCACGGAAGAUGAGAAUGGACAAGAUGCAAGUCUCAAAAAGAUUGAAGGUGUUGUUGGAUCUACGGGAACUGCACGUCGGUCAGAGGUACAAGAAAUUACUCCCGGCGUUCCUAAGCCACCGAGUAUUCCACAACAAACUUUGCGGGAGGAUUUACCUAAUAGAGGCAGAGAAGUACCACCUGGGUUUGAGGACGAGUACGAGAUUCUGGGUUCGUUGGCUGCUGGCAGCCAAGGAAGUGGUGCUAGUGGUCCGAUUGCAGGAUAUGGUUCGAGAGACUUGUAUCCUCCAGGUAUGGCACCUGGAAGUAAUCCAUUUGAUUUUGGAGGACUUGGAUCGACGUCUGGUGGUAGUGGUGGAAUGAAUCCAACUUAUGGGGAUAUUCAGAGAAUGAUUGGGGGUCAAGGUGGAAGAACGAGGGGAGGAUUAUUUGGACUAGGAGGAAAUGAAGACGAUAACAAUGACCCUAGUCAGUUGGGACGACCACCUGGGGCUCGCUGGGAUCCUACAGGACCUAGUUUUGGAAACAGAGGGCCAUUUGGAGGGCCAGGAAAUGAUUUUAUUUAA